ACUGAUGUUGCUAAAAUGAAUGAAACGACGUAGAAGCAGCAGCCAGUGACUUUCACAGAGCUCAGAGCCACCGGUGAAACGCUAGGAGAAAUUCUCAUCAGAAGCUGGAGUAAAGUUAGGCUAGCUGACCUCAACUAUGGCCACUGACCUUCUCUCGGUGGAUUAUGAAGUCUUCGGUAAAGUUCAAGGGGUAUUUUUUCGAAAGCACACUCAGAAAGAGGGGCAGCAGUUGGGCCUAGUUGGCUGGGUGCAGAACACGGAGGCAGGCACUGUUCAAGGGCAGCUUCAAGGACCAGCGGACAAGGUGAAGCAGAUGCAGGAAUGGCUGAAGACGACAGGAAGCCCUCGAUCGCGAAUCGACAAAGCUGAGUUCAAGAACGAGAAGAAGGUUGAAACUUUAGAUCACAAAGACUUUAAAGUUAUUCGUUAAAAUGAAUAGCCUUCAUUACUAUUAUUAUUUAUUUUUGACAUGAAUUGGUGUGAUUGGAAUUGAGUUGUGUGAAUGUUUUGCGGUGGCAAUAAACCACUCUCUGGAGAUGACUCUGAAGAGGAUGAAUCUACA